UUUAUUUCUAACAUACUACUAUAUGUAAUUUUAUUGUAGUGGCCACUAUCUACGAGCACUUCAAUAAAGUCGAGUUUAUCAGAGUUGUAGCUUCUUCCACUUGACACUUUAGUCUUUGUCCUCCAUUUUCACCCCCCCCCCCCCCUUCAGUAGUAGCACACAGAAAACCAAAAACCAAAAAGAAGGUUCAAGAAAAUGUACAGCUGCUACAACCCCAAUAUGAGCUUGUUCACAAUUUUUGCUUCUACCAUACUUUUACUAUUCUUGAUUUCUUGUUUCAGCUUCCACUCAACAGAUGCCUUUGAUCCACUUGAUCCAAAUGGAAACAUUACUAUAAAAUGGGAUGUGAUCAACUGGACACCUGAUGGAUAUGUGGCUGUGGUGACAAUGUACAACUUUCAACAAUAUAGGCAUAUUCAAGCACCGGGCUGGACUUUGGGCUGGACAUGGGCAAAGAAGGAAGUCAUAUGGGCCAUGAUGGGAGGUCAAACAACAGAGCAGGGAGAUUGUUCAAAAUAUAAAGAAAAUAUUCCACAUUGCUGUAAGAAAGAUCCAACAGUUGUUGAUAUGCUGCCUGGAACUCCUUACAACCAACAGAUUGCAAAUUGCUGCAAGGGAGGAGUGAUCAACUCAUGGGGACAAGAUCCAGCUACUGCUGUUAGCUCAUUUCAAGUUAGUGUUGGUGCUGCUGGAACAACCAAUAAAACAGUGAGAGUACCUAAGAACUUCACGUUAAAGGCUCCAGGGCCUGGUUAUACUUGUGGACCCGCUAAAAUUGUAAAACCGACUAAGUUCGUCUCUGCAGAUGGGCGAAGAGUGACACAGGCUAUGAUGACUUGGAAUGUCACAUGCACUUACUCACAGUUCCUAGCUCAAAAGACUCCUACAUGUUGUGUCUCCCUCUCAUCCUUCUACAAUGACACGAUUGUGCCCUGCCCAACGUGCACUUGUGGCUGUCAGAGUAAUGGCACUCAGCGUGGGAGUUGUGUAGAUCCAGAAACGCCACACCUAGCUUCAGUUGUAUCAGACCAUGGGAAGACCAACUACGUUCCUUUGGUACAAUGCACAAAGCAUAUGUGCCCAAUUAGGAUUCAUUGGCAUGUGAAACUCAAUUACAAGGAAUAUUGGAGAGUGAAGAUCACUGUAACAAACUUCAAUUACCGGAUGAAUUAUACACAAUGGAACUUAGUUGUCCAACAUCCAAACUUUGACAACCUCACUACGUUAUUCAGCUUUAAUUACAAGUCACUAACUCCUUAUGGAUCAAUCAAUGACACUGCUAUGCUAUGGGGUGUGAAAUUCUACAAUGAUCUGCUCAUGCAAGCAGGUCCUUCAGGAAAUGUCCAGUCAGAGCUACUAUUCCGGAAGGAUGCAUCAACUUUCACAUUUGAGAAGGGGUGGGCUUUUCCUCACAGAAUUUAUUUCAAUGCUGAUAACUGUGUGAUGCCUCCUCCUGAUGCAUAUCCAUACUUGCCAAAUGCUGGUUCACGAUGGGAGGUCUCUCUGAUUAAAGUAGUGGUGACACUGACGUCUUCGAUGGCAGUUGUCCUUACAUACAUUUAAAGAAUUAUCAUUUGUGUAUAGUGCAAAGUAUAUCUGUUUUAGUUAGUUAUCUUUGGGUUGACACUCGUGUUAUUGCCAAUAUUGGCGUGCGAGUUGGUAUGGCUGCGCAAUGGCCAUGCGUUCUCAUUGGUGGUGUGCAUAUAUUAGUUUCAUCCUAAAAGGGCUGUUACCAUAGUCUCCUUUAGCAGUUGUGUCAGAUGUUUUUUGUAUUUUGUUGGUUUGUCAAGUUCAUAGUGUUGUAUUGCUUGUAUUAGAUUCUUUGAUAGUCUUGUUUUCUCCACUAUUGCCUUGUAAUGACUUUCUACAUUGUAAAAAAGAUACUUUGCAGAAGGAGUUGCAUUUUGUUCGAUCUA